UUCAAAAAAGAGCGCUUUUCAUGACAUCUCAUGUAUUCUAUAAACAAUUGAAUCUCCAUUGUGGUUGGAUCAGUCAGUCUGAGCCCACUUCAGACAUUCUUCAUAACAAAUCUAUUCCCCGGGGCCUUUUACCCUAUAGUUAAAUCCAAGCAAAACCAGACUAACUACCGGAACGCACACAAUGAGCUUUGUGUACAAUCAUAGAUCGCACAAUCUAAAUGUAACAUUCGGAACGUUCUAAGGGCUUUAUUGCGUCACAAUGACUGUGGAAUGACGCCGAUAGAGGGCGCGAGCGCACACUCAGCGCUCACAUAACGGAAACUGCGCGUGAGAAGACAUGCGCGUCAGGCGGAGAGAGAAAGAGAAAAACAUUUCUGCACGUAUCAAUCCCAACUUCACCCUUUCUGCUCGACAGCCCUGCUGUUAACUUCAACGUUUACCUUCUUUGUCCAUGCAGCACUUCUUAUUUUCCAGCGAAGAUGCGGAACAGACAGUAAAACGCGUAAAAUGUAGUAAUGUGAAAUGAAAACAGGAUGGAAAGUUUUCAAAUCCAGCUGAAGGAGUCUGUUACCGAGCAAUGCUUUACUGUCGUUGUAGUCGAAAAGCUUUGAAGAAGAAACUUAGAGUUGAAGUCUUUGUUUUGCAUUACUAGUAAGCGUUUUUUUUCUUUUCUUUUUCUUUUUCUUUUUUCUGCAGUCCACUUGUUAGGGAAACGCCUUUCAACAUUAAAGGAAUGAGAAGCUGGUUUACAAUGGCAGUCACUUUGUCAAGCAUCAUGCUGGCAUCCUGACGUCUCGACCGUGGAGUGACACUUUUAAUAAUCCAACAUGUGCAACACACGCUGGAUACUGCACAGACAGCAGUGAAGUAUGCUAUCCGGAUUGCACCUUGUUCAUAUUCCUUGCACCAAUUUCAUUACUUUGUACAUCACGGAUUGCACAUGGCUGUUAGGACGGAAGGAUUGCGUGUUUAAUUAAAAUAGUGGCUCAGUGGACAUCAGCCACGUUUUCUGAGCUAGUCACCUCCAGUUUUACACAGAGGCCCCUUCAAUCUGCGGUGGAAACUAAUGUCUGCCAGUAGUAGCACGUCUCCUCUGACCUUACCUAAACCCUUCGUCCACUCUCAGCAUCAGACUGCACCCCCUACCCCCACUCCAUCACCCAGCCCACCGGUGCCACUCUGUGUCCGCCUCUCCAAUGGGAAUCACAGUGUUCCGAGCCCCACAAGCUCCAUCCAUGGAGUCUCGUUCCUCCUUCAGAUUGGACUUACCAGGGAGAUGGUCACCCUGGAACCUCACGAUCUGUCGCUCAGCUCUGUGAAGGAUUUGGUCUGCUCUAUAGUCGAUCAAAAGUUCCCAGAAUGUGGAUUCUUUGGAUUGUACGAUAAGAUCUUGCUCUUCCGCCAUGAUCUGAACUCGGACAACAUCCUCCAGCGGUUAAUGUGUGCAGAGGAUAUUCAUGAGGGAGAUCUGAUUGAGGUCGUCCUUUCUGCUCUAGCUACAGUGGAAGAUUUCCAGAUCCGACCUCAUGCGCUUUACGUCCAUUCCUACAAGGCACCAACCUUCUGUGACUACUGCGGUGAGAUGCUAUGGGGACUUGUACGACAGGGCCUUAAAUGUGAAGGUUGUGGACUGAACUAUCACAAGCGAUGUGCCUUUAAGAUCCCUAACAACUGUAGCGGUGUAAGGAAAAGACGUCUCUCCAAUGUGUCUCUGCCCGGCCCCUCGCUGUCUGUCCCUCGUCCCGCGCCAACUGAUGCUGCCGUGGGCCUGGAAGAGCAGCGCCCUCAUCAGGAGCCAAGUAAGCGGAUACCGUCAUGGAGUGGCCGGCCCAUCUGGAUGGAGAAGAUGGUGCUGGGGCGAGUGAAGGUGCCGCACACCUUUGUCAUUCACACAUACACGCGUCCCACCAUCUGCCAGUACUGCAAACGGUUGCUCAAAGGGCUCUUCCGUCAGGGCAUGCAGUGCAAGGAUUGCAAGUUCAAUUGCCACAAGCGAUGUGCUUCAAAGGUACCAAAAGAUUGUCUUGGAGUCUUCAAUGGAGAGCCGGCCAGUCCAGGUCCAGACUCUGAUACCACAAUGGAAGUUGACAGCAGUGAUGUGAACAGUGACAGCAGUCGAGGGAUGGACGACUCUGAGGAACCCACCACGCCAGAAGACAAGAUCUUUUUUAUGGACUCGCCCUUUAUGGACCGUGAGAAAGAUGAAGAACCUGUGAAAACCAUCAGACUUCUGUUGUCUCUUUUUAGCCCAUCCACCAGCACCAAUAUCCCACUGAUGCGUGUGGUCCAAUCCAUCAAACAUACCAAGAGGAGAAGCUCCACCAUGGUCAAAGAGGGAUGGAUGGUGCACUACACCAGUCGAGACAAUCUUAGAAAGAGACACUACUGGAGACUGGAUAGCAAGAGUCUAACUCUAUUUCAGAAUGACUCGGGGGCCAAAUAUUACAAAGAGAUUCCCCUGUCAGAGAUCUUACAGGUGGAUAUUGCACACGACUUCAGUAGUUUAGCACUGGGGGGCAAUCCGCACUGCUUUGAGAUCAUCACUGCCACCAUGGUUUAUUAUGUGGGAGAGAAUACCAUCAGCUCCCACCUCCACAUCCACAACACUGCGCUGGCUGCCGGUGGCGUGGGGCUGGAGGUUGCCCAGGGCUGGGAGAGGGCCAUACGCCAGGCCCUGAUGCCUGUUCCAGUAACACCACAGCCCAGCAUCGGCACCACUGCAGGACAGAAGGAACUAUCUAUCAGUAUUUCUGUGUCAAACAGUCAAAUCCAAGAAAACGUGGACAUCAGCUCAAUCUAUCAGAUAUUUGCUGAUGAAGUGCUGGGCUCUGGACAGUUUGGCAUCGUUUACGGAGGGAAACACAGAAAAACAGGAAGAGAUGUGGCCAUCAAGGUCAUUGACAAAAUGAGAUUCCCCACCAAACAGGAGAGCCAGCUGAGGAACGAGGUGGCAAUUUUACAGAAUUUGCAUCAUCCUGGCAUUGUAAACCUGGAGUGCAUGUUUGAGACUCCAGAAAGAGUUUUUGUUGUCAUGGAAAAACUCCAUGGAGACAUGCUGGAAAUGAUCCUGUCCAGUGAGAAGAGCAAACUUCCAGAGCGCAUUACCAAGUUCCUGGUCACACAGAUCCUUGUAGCUUUGCGACAUCUCCAUUUUAAGAACAUCGUUCACUGUGACCUGAAACCAGAAAAUGUGUUGUUGGCAUCUGCAGAGCCGUUUCCUCAGGUGAAACUGUGUGACUUUGGGUUUGCUCGCAUCAUUGGGGAAAAAUCUUUCCGCCGCUCAGUGGUGGGCACACCAGCGUAUUUGGCCCCAGAGGUACUGCGGAGUAAAGGCUACAACCGUUCACUGGAUAUGUGGUCAGUAGGAGUCAUUAUCUACGUCAGCCUGAGUGGCACCUUCCCCUUUAAUGAGGAUGAGGACAUUAACGACCAGAUCCAAAAUGCAGCCUUCAUGUACCCACCAACUCCCUGGAAAGACAUCUCUGCAGAGGCCACAGAUUUGAUCAACAAUCUCCUCCAAGUCAAGAUGAGGAAGCGUUACAGUGUGGACAAGACCCUCAGUCAUCCAUGGCUACAGGACUACCAGACGUGGCUAGACCUGCGAGAGUUUGAAACACGCCGAGGGGAACGUUACAUUACUCAUGAGAGCGAUGAUGCCCGCUGGGAGAAGUACGCUUAUGAGCACAGUCUAAUGUACCCUAAGCACUUCAUCAUGGCUCCAAACCUUGAUGAUAUGGAUGAGGACCCCUAGUGGCCAUAUGAGCGAAAGGCAAUCAAAAGCAUCAAAGACAGCAUCUGGUCAAUGGUCUGUUGCUUCAGAGAUUAAAACACAUCGCCAAUCUUUGGCAGAAUGUGAUGGGAGCAAACUGUUACAAGACCAGCCAGGCAUCGCGCUGCUUUCUGGAACUCAACAAGAGCCGUGGAAACAUCUCUUACUGUGGAUCUAUAAUGCUAAUGACGAUGAAGAUGUUUUUGGUUAGUUAAGUAGAAGUAUUAAUUGGGAUUGCAUUCCAAAGUCGUAAUGACUGUUCUUUUCCAAAAGGUGCUGUUACGUUUGUUUCUUAUAGAGAUGCAUGUUCUGUCUGUUAAAACCCAGGUUUCAACAAAAUCUAUAGGUUAAUGAGAAGUUAGUUACGAAUGUGAAUGAAGUAAAACAUUGGUAAGAGUGAUCAAACUGGAAUAUGGAAUUUUUUUUAACUUUCUUACACUUCUGUAAUUUUCUAUAGUCUAUAUGUAAUUGUCUUACAACAAGAUUUCAAUUAUGGUCGUUUUUUUGCACUAAACAAUACAACCACUGCAGCUGGUACAAUUAAAUUGUUAAGUGAGAUAAUGGCACACCGGUAUAGGGUAGGAGAGCAGUAACCCAGAGGAUUACAGUUAAAACAGCAGUGCUGUUCUCCAACCACAUGUCGACGGAUGAAACGAGAAGCACACUUCAAAUACAGCAAGUUUGAAUGCAUUUCUGAACUGAAUCUGCCAGACAGAUUGGGAGAUGUUAUCUUUAAAAGACCAAAGACUUUCAACUUUGUCUCUUUUUUUUUUUUUACAUUGUUCUAGAGCUGUUGUCCUCACCAGCAUUUACAGAGCCAAUCUUUUUAUUUAUUCCUCAUAUUGCGGUCUCAAAAAAAGCUAAGCAGAGCAGAAAAACCAAGUCAGUCAAAAGCCUACUGUGCAAGGCCUAGCAUUUUUUUCAAAUAGAUGUAAAAAAACAAAAAAAAACAAAAAAAAAAAACAUUUUUAAUUAAAAAAAAAAACUUCUAACAACUGUUACUAGAUAAAGAAUUUGAACAGUAUUAUGUUAUUUUCUUUCUUUCGGUCUGUCUGUACCAAUGAAUGAACCUUUCCAAUUAUGAAUCCCAGAACUGGAAUAUCUAAGAGGAAACAGAAUAUUUUGGUAAUGGUCUCAUUUGUUGUUUUUGUAAACACCACCUACUAUUUGGAAAGGAAGCUGGUUAAAUUGGUAGGGAUGGGCAUUUUCAGUAAUUUUCAGGAAUUUAAGUUCAACCUUCAACCUUUGAACCCAUUUUUCUUAUGAAAAAAUUAGCAAUAUGCAUAAAUAACAUCUAGAUUAAAAUAAUGACAGAAAACUAUUUGCACUCACACAUAAAAGCAUACAUUCCAAGUCUUCUGAAGAGACAUGUUCACUUUAAAUAAUUUAAAUGUUCUUUUGGGGCAAACUAAAGCCGUGCAUCCACAGCGCCAACCAAUGUAAUGCAAUCCAUUCUCUUUAGGUGAGAGAAUCAGUUUUAUUGUUGUCCACAACAAUUGUUUUAUUGUUGUUUUAUUGUUUUAUUGUUUGGGCAAAGGCACAAAAGAAAAAUCCAAUUGCAAUAUUGUUUUUAUAUACACCAAUCAGCCACAACAUUAAAAGCACCUGCCGUGUAUCGUGUAGGUCCCCUCGUGCCGCCAAAACAGCUCUGACACGUCGAGUCCUGGGCCCCACAAGACUUCUGAAGGUGUCCUGGGGUAUCUGGCACCAAGACGUUAGCAGCAGGUCAUUUAAGUCCUGUAAGUUGUGAGGUGGAGGCUCCAUGGAUCAGACUUGUUGGUCCAGCAAAUCGCAUAGAUGCUCAUUCGGAUUGAGAUCUGGGGAAUUUGGAGGCCAAGUCAACACCUUGAACUCUUUGUCAUGUUCCUCAAAUAAUUCCUGAACAAUCUUCCUUGGACCACUUUUGGUAGGUACUAACCACUACAAACAGAGAAAACACCCCACAAGACCUGCCGUUUUGGAGGUGUUCUGACCCAGUCGUUUAGCCAUCACAAUUUGGCCCUUGUCAAAGUCGCUCAGAUCCUUACACUUGCCCAUUUUUCAUGCUUCCAACACAUGAAAUUCAAGAACUGACUGUUCACUAGCUGCCUAAUACAUAUGCCACCCCUUGACAGGUGCCAUUGUAAUGAGAUAAUAAAUGUUAUUCACUUCACCAGUCAGUGGUUUUAAUGUUGUGGCUGAUCAGUGUGUGUGUGUGUGUGUGUGUGUGUGUGUGUGUGUAUAUGUAUAUGUAUAUAUACACUGUAUAUUCAACCAGUGUUUUUACUAGUCGAAUAUUUCAAGCCGAACGAGUACUCAAUUAACUCAUGCACAUACCUAGAAAUUGGGUUUCUGAAUGUAGGCUACUGUAGGUAGUAUAUUUUGCCCACACCCCUCCACACACACACAAACAAACACAAUCAUUAUUUGUUAGACAUUAAAGACACUCUAGUGGAAACUAACAGAGAUUUGGCUGUUUCUUAUACAUGAAAUUAAACAGACUGAACAUUCUGUACAAUUAGGUGUAUUUGCCUUAUCUUGGUAAAAGAAGCAGUGUUUAAGCCGUUCUUUUUACCAUCCAUGAGAUGAAAGAUUUUCUGUACACAAUUAAAAUCUGAGAGAGAAAAAUUGAGGAUUUCUCUACAUCAUUAUAUUACUCAAUGUUGCCGCUGGAUUGGCAAGUGUCAGUGUUUUGUAUAUUUUAGUACAUACUGAUUGAAUAAAAACAAUACACUCCA